CACCAUGCAUUCAGCUAUUCUGGCCACCUUCUUCUUGUUGAGCUGGACUCACUGUUGGUCCCUGCCCCUUCCCUAUGGUGAUGAUGAUGAUGAUGACUUGUCUGAGGAAGAUCUUGAGUUUGCAGAGCACUACUUGAAAUCAUACUACCAUCCUGUGACUCUUGCGGGAAUCCUGAAGAAGUCUACAGUGACCUCUACAGUUGAUAGACUCCGAGAAAUGCAGUCUUUCUUUGGCUUAGAUGUGACUGGCAAACUUGAUGAUCCUACCUUAGACAUCAUGAGGAAACCAAGAUGUGGAGUGCCUGAUGUGGGUGAAUACAAUGUUUUCCCUCGAACACUCAAAUGGUCCCAAACAAACUUAACUUACAGAAUUGUGAACUACACCCCUGAUAUGUCCCAUUCUGAAGUGGAGAAGGCCUUCAGAAAAGCCUUCAAGGUCUGGUCUGAUGUGACACCUCUGAAUUUUACCAGGAUCCAUGAUGGCACUGCUGAUAUCAUGAUAUCUUUUGGAACUAAAGAACAUGGUGACUUCUACCCAUUUGAUGGGCCUUCUGGUCUUCUGGCACAUGCUUUUCCUCCUGGACCAAACCUUGGCGGGGACGCCCAUUUUGAUGAUGAUGAAACCUGGACAAGCAGCUCCAAAGGCUACAACUUAUUUAUUGUUGCUGCCCAUGAACUUGGCCACUCCCUAGGUCUGGACCACUCCAAGGACCCUGGAGCCCUGAUGUUUCCCAUCUAUACCUACACUGGCAAAAGCCAUUUCAUGCUGCCAGAUGAUGAUGUUCAAGGAAUCCAGUCUCUCUAUGGUCCAGGAGAUGAAGACCCCAACCCUAAGCACCCCAAAACACCAGAGAAGUGUGACCCAGCCCUAUCCCUUGAUGCCAUUACUAGUCUCCGAGGAGAAACCAUGAUCUUUAAAGACAGAUUCUUCUGGCGUCUGCACCCUCAGCAGGUUGAGCCGGAACUGUUUUUGACCAAGUCCUUUUGGCCAGAACUUCCCAACCAUGUGGAUGCUGCAUACGAGCAUCCAUCCCGUGACCUCAUGUUCAUCUUCAGAGGGAGAAAAUUCUGGGCCCUGAAUGGCUAUGACAUUAUGGAGGGUUAUCCCAGAAAAAUAUCUGACCUGGGAUUUCCAAAAGAGGUGAAAAGGCUCAGUGCUGCGGUUCACUUUGAGGACACGGGGAAGACCCUCUUCUUCUCAGGGAACCACGUGUGGAGUUAUGAUGAUGCUAACCAGACUAUGGACAAAGACUAUCCCCGCCUCAUAGAGGAAGAAUUCCCUGGAAUUGGCGACAAAGUAGAUGCUGUCUAUGAGAAAAAUGGCUAUAUCUACUUUUUCAAUGGGCCCAUACAGUUUGAAUACAGUAUCUGGAGUAAUCGCAUUGUGAGAGUCAUGCCAACGAAUUCCUUAUUGUGGUGUUAAACAUCGUUCAAAAUUGUUAUUUAUCUCCCAGAGAGUAUUUGGGUUACUCUUAGGUGUAUGCGGUGCGGAGUGGAGAUAUCAGGGGAGAGCUUAGUUCUGUGAACAAGCUUCAGUAAGUUAUCUUUGAGCAUGCAGUAUCUACAUGACUAUGCGUGGCUGGAACCACAUUGAAGAAUUGUAAAGUACUGAAAUUGAGAGCCCCAAGGAUCACCUGAUUCUUGGGUGCUACGGAGAAACAAAAUUGAUAAUAACCCACAGCAAACAUGGGGUUUAUCUGCUGAAGAGUGAUCAUAACUAUUAAUAUAUUUAUUAAAAAACCUAACAGGCAUAAAAUAAAUUAUAUUUAUAUAACUGAAUUGUCUUUACAAAAAAGCAUAAACUUACAAGCACGAAAAUUGUGGGGAGUUCAUCUAUGGAGAACCACAAAUGAACACAGAUAAAGGGAAAUUCCUGUAAAACACACAUUAACAGAGACCUUUCCAAGGCAAGAUUUCAGCUUUUCACUGUGAAUAUUCAGAUUUAAACCUAUUUUCUCACAAACACUAAGAAGAUGUCAGGCACUAAAAGAAGGGGAUAACCACUGUUCUGAGGACAGUGUGGCUGGCUUUACAUUUGGCUUAAUUUUUAUGUUGGGUCAUUACUCGAGACUGUGCACACUGAUAGAGGACACAGAGAUGGAGAAAUUCUCUUUUUAUUAAAUAUUUUAGGUGUUUAAAAGCCACAAUGUGGAAAAUCAAAAUUGUUAUAAGAUACCUAAGCAAUAGCAUAGUUUUUCAUAAAUUAUUUGACUAUUUGCAAAUAAAACAAGUGUUUCAACCCUGUUUACCUACCCACUUAUUUUAAUGACCCAUAGAUUCUUUUCUAGUGGCUUGUGUGACAGGAGCUAAGGCAGACAUAGUAUGUAGAUCUGUUAAGACACAGACAGCAAGAAUAAAGACUGUGCCAACUGGACAGUCACCCUUUUGAGACCACCCUUUCAUGCUCCUCCAUGUUCAUUAGCCCCUUCCCUGCUUUCCUUAGUGACUGACACUUGGCGCUUACUGAUGUGUGAACAACUAUUUUGUCAAGAGAUGGUGUUUAUUAAACUGGGACAAGGAAAAAGAAGUGUGUUUUUUAAUAAUGUGUUACACUGUACUUAUGUUGUUUCUAAUAAAAACAAGUGUUUUCAGCAGA